GAAGGAGGGGACCCGCACCUGCAGCCCCUGGGAAGAGCCCCCGCUGCAGGGCCGGGACGCGGCACUCGCCGCUCCGCCCGACCUUCGUCGGACACUGCCAGGACCGUCCCAGGAUUAAUUUUUCUCCAUCUCUAUUUACAUGGUGGUAAGAAGUGCUAAUCCCACUCUGUCAGUCUGGACUGAUGAAUCUGAGGAAUAGAACAGAGCCCUGUGUUGUGUAAACGAACUGAUGGAUGAAGAUGAGAAGGACAGGGCAAAGAGGGCAUCACGCAACAAAUCUGAGAAGAAGAGGAGAGACCAGUUCAAUGUCCUCAUUAAGGAGCUGUGCACCAUGCUGCAGGGCCAUGGCCACCCUCUCAAGAUGGACAAGUCCACAAUCCUGCAGAGGACCAUUGACUUCCUACAGAAACAGAAAGAAAUCACAGCACAGACAGAAGCCUGUCAGAUUAGACAAGACUGGAAGCCUUCAUUUCUUAGCAACGAGGAGUUCACCCAGUUGAUGUUAGAGGCACUGGAUGGCUUUCUCAUUGCUCUUACCACUGAUGGGAUUAUUAUCUAUGUGUCUGAUAGUGUUUCAUCUCUGCUGGGACACUUACCGUCAGAUUUGGUGGACCAAAAUAUAUUGAAUUUUCUGCCUGAAGGGGAGCAGAGCGAGGUAUACAAGCUGCUUUCUCCACAUGUGCUCAUGACAGAUCCUGUUGCAGCUGAUUUUCUCAAUGCAGAAAAACAAAUAGAGUUUUGUUGCCAUUUAGCAAGAGGCAGCUUAGAUCCAAAUGAACCCCUGAUGUAUGAAUAUGUGAAAUUUGUAGUGGAUUUUAAAUAUUUUACUCAUGUGCCUACACCCUCCUGUAAUGGCUUUGAGUCAGCUAUUGCACGGGCUUUCAGGUCAGCCCCAGAGGAGCAGAUCUGCCUGGUGGCCACCGUGCGCCUGGUCACACCACAGUUCCUCAAGGAGCUCUGUAACGUUGAAGAGCCAUGUGAAGAAUUUACAUCGAGGCAUAGUUUAGAAUGGAAGUUUUUAUUCUUGGACCACAGGGCUCCACCUAUUAUAGGAUAUUUGCCCUUUGAGGUUCUGGGAACGUCAGGGUAUGAUUACUACCACGCAGAUGACCUGGAGCUUCUUGCUAGGUGCCAUGAACACUUGAUGCAGUUUGGAAAAGGCAAAUCAUGUUACUAUAGGUUCCUGACCAAAGGGCAGCAGUGGAUAUGGCUGCAGACUCACUACUACAUCACCUACCACCAGUGGAACUCCAAGCCUGAGUUCAUUGUUUGCACUCAUCUGGUAGUUAGUUACGCAGAGGUUCGGGCUGAGAGAAGACGAGAUCUUGGCCUUGAAGAGUCAUCAAUUGAACUGGCAUCCUCUUCUCUAAAGAGCCACAGCAGCUACCUGGAGGUGGGGCAGUGCGGCAGCAGCCAGGACGCCAGCCGGGAGGGAGUGUCGCUGUCCUCGCACAGCUCUCGGCGCUCCUCGCACACCACCCUGUCCGACUCCACCUCCACAUCGUCCAUGCGGCGCACGGACACCAGCACCCCCACGCGGCCCGGGGCUCCGGGGGACAAGGCGGCGCUGCGGCUGGCAGCGCCCGGCGGCGCCCAGCCAGUGUACCAUUUCCCCACCCAGCUGGGGAUGAUGCACCAGCUGAAGGAGCAGCUGGAGGAGAGGACUCGCAUCCUGCAGGCUGACAUCAAAACACAGCAAGAGGAGCUCCAUGUCAUCAAGGAGCAGCUCCAGCUUGUGCAGGACUCCAACCUGCAGAUGCUGAUGCAGCAGCCGAUCCCCGUCAUCCUCAACGCGGCCGUGCAGCAGCCCAGCCCCCGGCGGCCCCAGGGCACGCCCCGGCACAGCACGGCCAAGAAGGCACAGCAGCCAGCCCUGCCCGGGACAAAGCAGCACUGCAGCCCCCAGCUGCUGUCACCGCAGCCAUUCCUCAGGGACCCCUGUGGCACUGCCCCCCAGGUACAGCAGCAGAAGCAGCAGCACCCAAUGAGAGGAAGCCAAGGCCAGCAAACGUGUGUGCCAGGGCAGGGCAGCAUCCCAGUGCCCUUCUACAACAGCCCCAUGGUGUUCUCCCAGGCUCACCCCAUCGCCGUGGCAGCCCAGGUGCCCACUGACAGCACUGAGAGGCAAACACCAGCUGAGUACAGCCAGGACAGGAGCCUCAGGAUGCUGCUGGAUCAGUCCAUCCAAGCCAUGAUGCCCACAGCCAACAGCAGCUGCCAGCCCGUGCAGAGCAGUGCCAGCAGGCAGCAAGGAAAGUUUGUUGCAGAGCAGCAGGGCCUGGCUCCCCCAGCAGCACAGGUGCCGCCAGCCACCUGCAGCCCCGCCCGGCCUGCAGCCCCGCCGCCCGUCUUCUCCCCGUCCCUCCUUGUCCCACACUCCAGCUUCACCUCCCACCAGCCCAGCACACCCCUGCACCUGCACCAGUGGCCACAGCAGCAGGUUCAGCAGCACCGCCUCUACCUUCAGAUGCAGGGUCCCGAGCUGGUGCCUGGGGCUCCGACGCAGCGCAUUUUCCAGCCGCCCCACGCCCCGCAGCAGAACCCCCUGAGCUACUUCCUGCACCCACAGCAGCAGAGCCACCACACACAGGGCCAGCCCUGCAACCUGCCUGACCUGCCCGAGAUGCAGCUGCCCUGAGGUCACUUGUGGGGCAAGGAGCACACGGCGCAGCCGCCGCACCCGGCACGCACGGGAGAGCACGGAGCUGUCAGAGCACGGCACCGGAGAGGUCGGGCUCAUGGGGAGGUGUGCCUGCAGGGAUGGAUGGUCUCUGACAGGGGUGCAUGGCUGCAGGGGCCUGCUUUGGGGGGAUUGCCAUGCAGCCAGAUGCAUGGAAUGUAUUCGGUGAUGCUGUUCCAGCAGCAGGGUGUGCCCUGGCCCAGCACCAUGGUGCCACUGGGAGUGGUGCCUAUUGCUGCAGGGAGGGCAGGUAUCGGCAUCAGGCCAUCAUGGAGCUCGGUUUGCAAUGGAAAAAAACCUUUUUCCAUUCAGGACUUCAAUGCUGAAAGUCACUGUGAAUUUAAGCCCAGCAUUUGGAGCACAUAGACUGUACCAGUCCACAGGACACCAUUGGAUUUCUGUGUACAUAACUCGUUUUGCUGUAGUAGGUCCAUUGUGAAGUCUUUUUCCUUUUUCUAUACCUCAGUCCCACGGGUUUUUUUCCAGGAGUUUGGAUAAUGCUGCUAAUUUACGUAACACCACUUUUGCCUGAAUUUCUUACUGUUGUUAUACCAGCUCACAUCGCAGCUAGUUCAAUAUUUGUCGUGUUUUAUUUUUGGUUAACAAGUGAAGAUAAAAUUGUAUGGUUUUUACUCCCUGUAGCCAAAUAUUUUUCAGGUUACAGACAAAGAAUCUUUACUCCUUUUUUUUUGUUGUUGUUUCAAGUGAUGUAGUUGUAAUUGUUUCUAUUCGUAAAAACAAACAAACAAACAUGCAUAGAACAGCAUAUGACAGCAAACUUUGUGGUUUUGCUAGGUCAUAUUUCAAUUUGGCAAACCCAAAAUGUAUAAUCACAACACACGAUGUUACAAGCCCAUAGGGUCAGCAAUAAAUUGUAUUUUUGUAAAUUGUCACUUUUUAACUGUAAGUUUAUAUUUAUGAAUUGAAAAGCCAGUUUAUUCCUCAGUGGGUGUAUAGUUAAGUGUCCCUACUGUUUGUGUCUUUCCAAAGGAAAACUUUAAAAGUACAUUUUUGGAGUGUUAGUAGCUGAGUACUAACUUUGGGCAUUGUUAGAGCCCAAAUGUAGAUGGGUUUGGCCAUUACUAUAAACUUUGCCAGGCAGUGAAGGCAGUGGUUAGUUAGGACCAGGGAGCAGAGGACCAUUAGGACCAGAGCAGUAAAGCUCUAGCUGGCAGACAGAGCAAGGUUUAGAGAGGAGUUAGUUCCUGACGUUUAGUUCCUAAUGUCUGUUGAAACCAAGUGAAGA